AUGAUUGGUCUUUUACCUAGAAAACGUAAAGGAAUCUGUGAUAAAAGAAAAUUACAAAAUAUUGCUUUUCAUUUAUCAUUAAUAAUUAUUUGCUUUAUAUAUAUAAUUCUUGGUGCAGGAUUAUUUUAUUAUUAUGAAAGUGCAAAUGAAAUUGAGACAAGUAAAAAUAUGAUAAAAGAAUUGAAAACAAGAAAAAAAGACUUUAUAAAUAAAGGUAUGAAUUUAGUUAUGAAAAAUAAAAAAAAAAUCGACUAUGAUAAAUUUGUUUAUAAUAUGACAAUCAUUAUUGAUGAUUAUUUAAAAGAAUUAUUUUUAUCAUUUGAUAAUUAUAUUAAAGCAAAUGUUGUUGAACAAGGAAUAGAAAAAUCUGAAAAAAAUUAUAGUAUGUUAUGGAAUAGACGAAGUUCAGUAUUAUUUUCAGCAACAACAAUGGUACCAGUUGGUUUUGGAUUAAUAACACCAUUAACAAUUCAUGGUAAAAUUAUUGUAAUUUUUUAUGGUAUAAUAGGUGUACCAUUAGCAUUAGUUACCUUAUCAGAUGUAGCAAAAUUUUUUACAUUAACAUUAUCAAAAUUUACUAAACAAAAUAUGUUUUUAUUUGUUUGUAUAGUAAUUUUUGUAUUAAGUAUUUAUCCACUUACUGGAGCUUAUUUAAUUUAUAAAAAUACAUCAUUACCUUUUAUUGAAUCAAUUUUUUAUUGUGUUACAACAAUUUUUACAAUUGGUUAUGGUGACUUUGAACCACAAAUAAAUUUAGUAUGGCUAUUAUUAUUUGUAUAUACUGGGGUAAUGUUAGUAACAAUAUGUGUUGAAUUGAUAGGUCUAUCAGCAAUUCAUAAUAUUCAUUACAUGGGAAGACAAGUCAAUAAAUUUAAAGAUAUUGCUGGAAAAAUGGUUCUUUUAGCGCAAAAAAUUAAUAUUAAUCGUGGAUUAGGUUUAGGAUUAAGUCAACUGAAUAACUUUGCAAAAUUUGGUAUUAUGAUGAAAAUUGACGAAAAUGGAAAUACUUACAUAGAAGAUAAUGAAAAUUUAAAAAAAAUAGAAACAUCUGUAGUAUUAGUUGAUAAAUUUAAAGAUGAAGUAGUAGGAUCAAAUUUUGAUGAUAUUCCAUUAAUAGAUGAUAUGAAUUUUGAUGCUACUUUAUAUAAUACAAUAAGUCAAAAUUCUGACAAUAAUCAUGUCAAUGUAUAA